AGCGCCAUCUCCCUGCUGUGGCUGAGCGUUUACGCGCGAUCCGAGAACACGUCUCCAGCCUCUCCGGGACUAAAUCCACCAUGAUAACUUCCAAACUCCUAAUUCUCACAUAAUCUGGCUUUCUUUAUGGGCUGCAAUAAGAGAGGGAAGGUGCAACUUUUACCAACGGAAAUCAUCCAUGUGAAGUUCCUUUGCGUGCGGGCUGAAAAUACACACGAGUAUCAAGUAAAUCUGCAACUGGUGCCAAUUACAAAGAGUCAGUGUCCAAACCCCCAGUCAAGUCCCCGGUGCACCUCUCAGCCAGCUCUCUGGGUCCAAAGCGGCACGAAUAAUCCCACUUCCCUUCUCCGAUAAAGGAGAAAGAGGAAGUUGUGCAGCAAAAUGCAGAAUUUGAGUCAUUUUCAACCCGUGUGCUCUUUUCAGGGUCCAAUUGCUGCUGCUUUCUUGUGAAACGCAGAGUCCGGACUGUUCAGAUAAAAGCCCAAGGGUUUUGACAUUUCAGUUCUUUUUAAUUUUUGCUCCUGUUCUUGCUUCACUGCAUUUUGGAGGGGAGCCCAGACGAUGGGUUGGUGUUGUUCAGGCAUAUGCAGAGCCCUGGCUCUCCUGGUGCUCCUGUUUGUCUUGAGGGGGAGAGGUUGCUGCUGUUGGGGGCUGAGUCCCAGCUCUGGGGAUGGGGAGAAGUCCCUGCGCUCUGAUCCGGACUCCUGGGAGGCCCUGCACAGGAACAAACGCAGCUGGGUAUGGAACCAGUUCUUCGUUUUGGAGGAGUACACAGGAAACGAUCCUCUUUACGUCGGCAAGCUGCACUCUGAUGUGGAUAAAGGAGAUGGCAAGGUGAAGUAUGUGUUGUCUGGCGAAGGGGCCACCUCUAUCUUCACUAUCGACGAGAACACUGGAGACAUCCAUGCCACGAAACGCCUCGAUCGGGAGGCCCAGGCUUACUACACCCUCCAAGCUCAAGCCAUUGACCGGAUAACCAACUUACCUGUCGAGCCAAGGUCUGAGUUUGUGGUCAAGGUUCAGGACAUCAAUGACAAUGAACCAAAGUUCCUGGACGGGCCGUACCUGGCAGGGGUGCCAGAGAUGUCACCUUUAGGAACCAUGGUGGUGCAAGUGGCAGCCACAGAUGCAGAUGACCCGACUUAUGGGAACAGUGCCCGGGUGGUCUACAGCAUCAUCCACGGGCAGCCAUACUUCUCGGUGGAGCCCAAGACAGGUGUCAUAAGAACAGCUUUGCCCAACAUGGACCGGGAGACGAAAGACCAGUAUGUGCUGGUCAUUCAGGCCAAAGACAUGGUGGGCCAAAUGGGCGGCCUCUCCGGCACCACCUCUGUCACGGUCACUCUCACUGAUGUCAACGACAACCCACCUCUGUUCGCUCACAAAAGCUAUCAGUAUACGGUGCUGGAGUCGCUACCAGUGCAAUCUGUGGUGGCCAGAAUCAAAGCGGCAGAUGCUGAUAUCGGCUCCAACGCGGAAAUGGACUACAGGAUCAUGGACGGUGACGGGCCCGGCAUGUUCAAUAUAACAACAGACGAGGACACACAAGAGGGGGUUAUUAUCCUGCAAAAGCCCCUAGACUUUGAGACAAGAAGUGGCUUCGCUCUAAGAAUCGAGGCCACAAACAGGAACAUUGACUCCAAUUUCUUGAGCCUCGGCCCAUUUAGCGACAUAACUUCAGUGAAGGUUGCCGUGGCAGAUGUGAACGAGCCGCCCGUCUUUUCUACUCCGCUUUCCAAACUGAAUGUUUCCGAGGACGCCAAAGUGGGCACCUCAAUCGGUAGAGUCUCUGCCCACGAUCCAGAUAUCUCCAACAGUGCCAUAAGGUACUCCAUUGACAGGAACACAGACUUGGAGCGUUUUUUCAACGUUGACGCUUUGAGUGGCAUCAUCAGCACAGCCAAGUCUCUGGACCGAGAAGCCAACUCCAUCCACAAUCUCACCAUUUUAGCCAUUGAGAACUUGGAUCCAAACCAGAUUGGGAAAGGCAUCACUCUGAUCACGGUGUUGGACGUAAAUGAUAACGCCCCAGUCUUUGCAAUAGACUACGAAACGCUCCUGUGUGAAAACUCAAUGCCAGGGCAGGUGAUUCAGACCAUUAGUGCGGUGGACAAGGACGAACCUCUGGACGGACAUCGCUUUAAUUUUGCCCUGGAUGGAACCGUCGCUGGCAACCUGAAUUUCACCCUGCGAGAUAACAAAGACAACACUGCCUCCAUACUGACGAAACGAGGUGGCUUCAGGAGACGGGACCAGGCCGUGUAUCGACUGCCGGUGUUGAUUACAGACAACGGAAAACCCGCCCUCAGCAGCACAAACACGCUUUCGGUGCGCGUAUGUGACUGUGACUCGGAUGGCGUGGCCCUGUCUUGUGGAGCUGUGGCCUACACGGCAACUGGCCUUAGCACUGGCGCCCUUCUGGCUAUUCUGGGCUGCAUCAUUACACUUCUGGUGAUGGUUCUGUUGAUUGUGACAAUGCGCCGGAGAAGGAAGCAGCCCUUGAUUCUGGAGGAGGAGAGGGACAUCAGGGAGAACAUUGUCCGCUAUGACGACGAAGGAGGGGGAGAGGAAGACACGGAGGCCUUCGACAUGGUCACCCUGCGCAACCUGAACAUCAUCAGAGACCCCGCCGCACGGCGAGACGUCACGCCAGACACUCCCACUUUUUACCAAUACACUUCUGUUUCCCGCCCGUCCUACAAGUCGCUGCCUGAUAACGUGGUGUUUCGAGAGUUCAUCUGGGAGCGGCUGAAGGACGCCGACGUGGACCCCACGGCUCCCCCGUACGACUCCCUGCAGACGUACGCCUUCGAGGGCAGCGGGUCAGUAGCUGAGUCACUGAGCUCGCUGGAGUCACUAAGUACAGACUCGGACCAGAACUACGACUACCUCAGCAACUGGGGGCCGCGCUUUAAAAAGCUGGCCGAUCUGUACGGCAACAGUGACAGCGUGUUCUCGUAGCCCCCAAAUGUCUCUCUUAGUAGUUCUGGAACUUUAAAACAUGUGAGUAAUAUAUUGUCAGAGCAAGUGGUUUUGUCCGCCUGGGUGCAGCUGAGGAAAAGAUUCAAAGACAACAUAAGUGAUUGAAGGAAAAACACUUUGACUUCAAAGGUGUUUUUGGUUUGUUUACCUCCUAGUAUGGGCUUUCAAAAGCGUGCCAUGGUGAGUUUUGACACUGACUUCAAAAGUGGCUUGACUGAGGAGGAAGCCUUGUGUGCAAAAGACAUUAAAGGUUUCACAUUUUGGGCUUGAGUCCAACCGCUGACUGCAAAAUGCAUUACAUGUGGAAGCUUUUUUUUUUUUUUUUUUUUUUUUACAGGGAGAAACCUGUCCUUUCAUUCCAGUGAUGGGCACAGUCCCAACACUCCGGCUUUGAUGCAUUCCUUUGCUAUCUCUGUGCUAAAAAACAAAAAGUUUCUCAUGAAAGGCUGCCCCCCUGGCAGCUAAUCAGUAGUCUCUGGACUGCUCAGAUGAAAUAUGAGAACAAUUUAUGUUUCUUAUUACCGUUUUUUUUGCAGAAGACGGUUGAAAAUGGCCUGUAUUUUAUAAACCUUUACACCCAGAGCCACAUUAGUCAUGGACUCGGUCAUAAGUCUUAAAGUUACUAGCCAGACUUUUCUGUAAAAUCUGAUCAAACGCUCUUUAGAUAUUGCCACCUUCAAUAUUUUUUUCAUCAGGUUUUCUUUUUUGUUUUGGUAUUUUGUCUUAAAUUCAUCCAUCCACUGUCUACACGCACUUAUGCCGGCAGGGUUGGGGGGCUGGUGCCAUUUUAUGGCAAAUCCCAGUUAUAAAUCCUAGAAACACACCUGUAAAAAUGGCCACACUUCUGCUGAUGUCACAAGGGGCAGACGUGAUCUAGUUGUAGGGAUUCGUGUCUGCUCUCCAGUUUUUGUAAAACUUUGGCCAACCGAUUGCAACCAACUCCCAUUUCCUUUUAGGAAUUUCUGCAAUCAACUAACAAAAUGUAAUAAAUAUAUACUAUAUCACAAAGUAGAUAUUUUUGUACCUGAAAAAUUGAGUAAAAUAGGCAAAGGAGGUGAAUGACCUGUACCUGCUGUUGUAGUUAGCACAAAAAGUAAGGACAUAUUAGUUUGGCUCACUCUGUAUUUGCAGUAACAAUGAAUUUUGGAAAUGAAACAGAUAUUUGGAAAGCCUGCCUGUUUUUUCUUAAAUUGUGGCACAUUUGUAAGGAAAAUGAAUUUGUAGGUUAAGCAGUAGAGUUGAGUAUUUGGGCAGCACACCUUUUUUGUUGGAUGGCAUCAUAUUUUUCAACCAGCAUUGAAUCCAUCAGCCAAUUUGGUUCCUUUGGUCACCCUGGCAUGUACGACACACGUAAAGUUAUCCCACAAGUGUUUAAAGGGGGUUGUGGCAAAGACUGUAGGAAGAGUUUGGCUCCUUAAGCCAGUCAUACUGCAUAAAUUCUGAGUAAUAUUCCAAAGAACACCAAAGUUGUUGAAGAUGACCAGAAUUUCACCCUUGCUGAUCAGUUCAUGCAAAGUUCUUGAAAACAAACUGCUUAUUGUUUUACUUUAAAUUGGAACGGAAAGGAGAAAAAGUUUCCUGCUGGUAGCUGCACAGCUGCUGCAUCACCCACCGCUACCACCAGCUAUGGUUGCCAGGCAUAUCCACUUUUGAUGAGCCAAAUCCUACCUGUUAGCUCUACUACACUUGCUUCUGCCAAACAUCCUAUGCAGCCAUUAUCUUUCCAGUUGCUCUGCAGCCAGAUGGAGUGAAGGUUUAUGGGGGAAGUGUAUUUAUCCAUUGAGUAUAAUACAUUAGAUUGGUAUGUGCCAGUAAAUAAGCAUUCACUACCAUUCCCACUACAUUGCGGCCUAACACGUAUGAAAUAAAAUUGAAAAGUGAUGAACAUGAAUGAAUGCCAGUCAGACAGACCCAAAAAAAGUACUCAAAAUCUCUGAAGUCCCUUGAAUUUUGUCACGUUAAAAUUACAAAUAGUGUUUUUGAAUAUUGGUUUUAAUUUUAUAUGGGCAGUAGGGAAUGGGAGGUUGGUCAGACUUGAUAGGAAGUUGGGUGGAGGUAAAUACAGGACAAUCAUAGAGGAAAAACUGCUGGAAUCAGCAACAGACUUGAGAUUUCGGUUCACCUUCCAGCUGAAUGGUAGCUCUCAACAGAUAACCAGAACUACAAUUGAAUAGAUCAGAUCAAAGCAUGUCUUUGCGUCAAAAUGACUCAGUCAACGUUCAAACCAAGAUGCAUUAUGUUCCUUCUGACAGAGCUUGAGUUAUUUUGUAAAGAAAAAAAAAACAAAAAAACCCUGAAUUGCAAAGCUGGCAGAGAUAUUUCCAAAAGGACUUCUACGCCGUAAUAGUAGCUAAAGGUGGUUAUCCAAAGUACUGACCCAGGGAAACUGAAUACAAAUCAACAUAAUACUCUUCAGUAUAUUAUUUUAUAUAAAAUUUUCAAAACCAACUACUCUUUUUUUCUUCUUUUAUAACAAUUAUUUUCUAAGCUGUGUUAGUCUCUGUUGUAAAUUUGAGGUUGUAAAUUGACAAGUUGUUAAGAAGUUCAAGCAGAGUGGUUACUUCUGCAAGACAAUGUAAAUAUAAUUAAACCGGUUUAUUUUCAAAAGCCAAUCAACGUCCUCUUCAUUUUUACCAUCCACAGCAGUGCUGCUCAAGGCCUGGGGAUCCACAGAGCUGAACAGGUCACAACUUGAACUGUCCCUCUGUCUGAUGUCAUUGUUUUGUAUUUUUCUUCAUCUAAGUUUAGUUCUUCUGGCGGUCCCACUGACGACAUCACAAUUCAAUCUAUAUGGUUUAUUCCUGCUGGCUCAUGUGAUAUCAUCAGCUCAAACACUAGGAUUAUUAGAGGUUUUUUGUUUAAUGUCUGCUUAUUAGAAAUUUUGUAUUGCACAGUAAUAAUCCAUACUUUCACGACUGUGUCUUCAGUAUUGUUGUACAUUUAUUUAUGAAGAAAAAUACACCUCUGGCUAGUAUCUUUAACACUAUGUGACACACAGAUUCAUACCUAUAAUACAGUAUAACCAAGUACAGUAGUUGAUGUGCUAAGGAAGUUGUGUGAAUCAUAAAAAGAAAGACAUCCAUCAGUUUUAUAUAUCAACAGGGUGACAGAGAAACACAAACUCUUCUUCUCCUGAAAGUACAUUUUGCAGAUGUCGCGAUGUAGUGUGUGUCUCAGUCUGUUUCUACUUCUGCCUUUCUAUUACCAACAGUAUCAUUUCUCAGCUAUGAAGUCGGGGUUUAGUUCUGCUUUUCUACAAGGUGGGAGCGUGAGAUCAGCGAGCCUUGAUGAUGGAUUUGUCCGUGCUGUGCUAGAGAUUCACAACACCUUGACUUUAGGGGGUGGGGCGAAUCAAGUAUUUGUUUUUAAAGUGGCUGACCUCACAGAGGUCUGGUUUGUAAGUAAAUUAAUUUAGCUUCUGUAGUUUGCAAAGUCCAGCAUAUAUUGUAAUUUUAAAAUUGAAUUUUAAGUAAUGUACGGUUUGAAUAUCGAUGGUGAACGGACACACUGUAUGAUAAUCAUAUUGUGGCGAUUUUCUUUUCUCUUUCUUUUCCCAGCUUAAACAAGUUAUGUUGCAACUGGGUGUGCACAUGUGCAACCGCUAUGUAUUAUUUAUUUCAAAGA